AUCCUGACUUUAUAGCUUUAAUCGGCCAACCAGUCAAAUGCUACACAGUUGCUACUGAGUUUUUUCAGUCAUUAUCUGCUGGCCUUGCAGUCUAUCCAUGACAUUUCGCUUUAGCACGGUCGCUAACUUGUCCUGUAUAGCAAGCUCAGCCACAACUGGGGAGCAGCAAGUUAAUCUAAUCUGUAAAUGUUUUACAAUCUAAUCUGUAAAUGUUUCACAAUGCCUACACUUUGCCCUACACUUAUUUGGCCAAUAGUAAAAGCACUUGUGUAAGGAGAGGCACACUACUCACUUCACAACCUGAAUGGCUACAACUUUUAGGAAUAAUCUGUAACAAAACUGGAAUGACAAGCACAGGUACUGUAUUCUUUACAAUCCAAUAAGAGGGAGAGGAGUUUGUUUCCACAACGAUAACACUGUGGUCUGGUCUCCGUGGAGAUGGCCUGGGGUCUGGUUUCCAUGACAUUAAGGGCUCUGGUGCCGGUGGUGAUUCUGCUCUGGACUUUCACAUCCACAGAUGGGGGAGGUGAAUAACAACCAUCAUCAGUCUGUCUUAGUUCAUCUGUCUUUACCUUCUGUCUGUCUCAAAAUAUUACAUUCCAAAAUAACUCCAACAGAUGUAGGAUCUUAAUUUGAUCACUCUUUUGUUGCUGUGAAUUUUCCUGCAGUUCUAAUGUACUCAAGUUUUUAAAAAGGCUUCUAAAGAUUGUAAUUUCCACUUUUAAAUGGUAGACUUGAUUUUCCCUAAUGAAAAAUGUAUCAACCCCUACAAAAAAUUUCCAUUAAUUAUAAUCUACAUAAUAAUUCACAUUUCCUGCUGUAGAUCCUACAUAUGUAGUCCUAGGUCUGUUUGACAGUAAGUGCUGAGCUAGCAGCAGCUGGGAGGAGGGAAGUUGUUAUCACACAGGACUGAAAGGGUUUUACUUACAUAAACCCACCGGAAUCACCUCACAUGAGUUUAACUGUAAAAAAAAGCUUAUCUGAAAAAUGAGUUACUUAAUUCAAGAGCAGACUUUUCCUGUUGUGCGUAAUGAUCUUUGGCCACGUCCACCUUAAGGCAAAGUAUUAUACAGAUGAAUCAUCAUGUGAUCAUAUGACUGACUAUAAGGUCUGAAGAAAGUCUCUCUGUGAUUAUGUUUGAACAACUUUAUAGGAUGAAUCAGUGAUUCAACAGCAGAUGUUGCAGGCUAAGAUGGUUUAACAAUGAAAAUGUUUGCUGAAUGGGUGGUUGGUAUGAUUAGAGGCAUGAAGGAAGUUUAGUCAUUCAGGUCACACUGGAGUCUUUACUUUAGAUUGUGAUUUUAGUUAGAGGUUAGGUGCUGUGGGUGAGGAGGGGGGUGGGUGGAGGACAGAGGAGGACUACAAUGACAGAUUAGACUCAGGUUAAUAUUAACAAUAGUAACAGGUUAAUAAUACUCUGAUAUAAACCAAGGGCCUACUAACUUUACCAAGAUAUCUGACUAUUGGGGAGAAUAGGAGUCUGUGUUUGAAUCCCCUCUUGUCCAGAUGUUCAUUUAACGUGUGUGUUUAUUCUCUUGCAGACAUCCAUGUAACCUGUCUGUUCUCAGAGGAUUGUGUCCUGGCCUGCAGCUUCCAGCCUGGCAGUGAGGAAAUAAUCCACUGGCUGAAACCAGAAGACAAGGACCUGACCGUCCACUCCUACUACUACAGUACAGAUCAGCUCAAACAGCAGAGCCAGCGUUACAGAGGGAGAACAGCCCUGUUCAAUGACCAGAUCCCCAAAGGAAACGCUUCACUACUGCUGAGAGGACUCACACUCCAGGACCAGGGCAGAUACAAGUGUUACACCAGCACUAUUAAAGGCAACAAGGAAUCCUUCAUUAACAUGGCAGUGGAGGGUACGGAAUGUCUGUCUGUCUGUCUGUCUGUCUGUGAUGAUCACUUUAUGGCUGCUCCAUGUGUAAUGUCUACUUUGUUGCAGCUCCAGUCCGCUUGGUGGACAUACAGUUAUCAGAUGACAUCAUCACCUGCAGUUCUACAGAUAUCUAUCCUGAGCCUAAACUCACCUGGUCCACUGACCCCCCCUCUGACCUUUCAUUUGACCCUGGAACCAUCCAGAACUCCACCAGCACCAAGGUAGAUGACCGGGUUCUCUAUGACAUCACCAGCACAAAACAGUUUAUCAGAAACCGAACCAACAUCUGUACCGUGACCUCUGGGACAGUAGAAAGGACAGCAACCCUGAAACAGCAAGGUAAUCAAUUGAUCAACCUAUUAAUCAAACAAUUUAUAAAUCAAUGAAUAAAUUCAUCAAUCAACGUUUUUGGUUGUAAACUCUACAAAAACAAGACAGCAUUGUGAGACAGAAUAUGCAACGAUCAAUCAAAAAAGGCACUUUCUCAUGAUAUAAUUUCAGAUCCGGUCCAGGGUUCUCCAAGCAGUGAGGUGUCCAUCCCAUGCAGUGUCUCUCAGUCUGACCUGACCUUUAACCUCACCUGGAGGUUCAACCAGAUAGACACCAUCCUCAACUCUACCUACACCAAGGGCACAUCUCAGAUGUAUGUUGAUGACCAGUGGAAGGAGCAGGUUCAGAAUUUGUCUGACUCUGGCAGCCUUCAGCUCCACAAGCUAACCAUGGUCCACCAGGGAAUCUACAGCUGUGAACUCUCUACUGCCAGAGACUCACACCUGGUCCUCACCUACCUGGAGAUCACACCUGAUAAACUCUCUGAUGGUACAAAGUUUACUUUUACUAUUUACCCUCACUGUAAGUCACAUGAUCACAUUCAACAAUAAAACUGCAACUCUGUAUUUUCUCCAUCAGUUUCAGAUGGACUGGGUCGACAUGCAAUUGGUGAUAUAAUAAAAGCAGCAGUGAUUAUAGCAGCAGUGAUUAUAGCAGCAGUGAUAUGUUACUGACAGAGAGGUAAAUUAUUAUGAUGAUGACAUCAUAAUCUGUUGAACCAUUUAACACAACCACCUCCUGAUGGACAGAGAGGAGGGUUACAUUGGUGGCUUUUGAUGAACAACUUUCAGUUUCUGCUAUUUUGCUGUCUCCCAUGUCAUAGUUUUCUGCCCCCAAUGCCGAAGUUCUGCCCCCAGUGCCGCAGGUAGACGUCCAUGGAAUAUUCAUGUCUUUCUGGUUACAUGCAUUUACUCAUACUAACUGUUUGUGUGUCUGAAUCCUGCUAACUCACCCUAAACUCACCUAUCUCCCUCCAGCAAAUACAAAUGGUCAAAAUGAAAAGGAUCAGAGUGGAAUACCACUUCAGAAUGGAGAAGAAAGAGAGGAAGAUAUAGAAAGACAAGAACAAGAACAAGGUCAAGGAGAAGAGGGGUCAGCCACAUCAACCAUAGUAAAGAACAAGCUUAAAUGUAACCUAAAAUGUAAUCUAUGUAAUCCCUGAAAGUAAUUAUUUAUCAUGAGAGGACUGUGGUGUCUGAGACAACGAUGCUGAUCUAUGCUGUGAUGAUAAGAAUUCCGCUGACGCUGUACUUUGAUUAUAAAGAUUUUAUUAUUUCAAAGAAUUCCAGCGUCAAUUUAAAGACAUCUGCAGAUAUCUGGAGAAUA